AUGUCUCUCUCCCCUCCCCUCCCCCCCUUCAACUCCUCCGACCCAACCGCCACGUUCCUCUCCUCCUCCACCCUCGACUUCCUCCUCAUCGAACUCGUCCCGCUCGCCCACCGCGUCACCGUCGAGCGCGACCUCGCCUCUCCCUCAGCCCUAGCCCCAGCCUCAGCCUCAGCAGCAGACACAGCCGCCCUGCAGUCUCCCCCCCACAGCGCAGCGACAGCAAAGUCCGAAACCACAUCCGGCACAGUCGUCGGCGACGCAGCGGCAGCAGCAGCAGGAGAUACCCCCAAGAGGAUAGACGACGAGGAACAUCUCGAUGCGGUGCAUUAUAGACUCGAGUCGCAGGGUUACCGCGUUGGCCAGGGUCUUGUAGAAAGAUUCUCUCGCGAUCGACCCCGCUUCAACGAUACCCUCGACGUAAUCAAGUUCCUCUGCAAAGACCUGUGGUCUCUCGUCUUUGGCAAGAACAUUGACAAUCUCAAGACAAAUCACCGAGGAGUCUACGUCCUCACCGACAAUGCCUUCCGUCCAUUCUCGCGCAUGAGCACAGAAACCGGCAGCCAUGCCAUCGUCCGAGCACAGCCUUUCCUAUGGUUCCCCUGCGGCAUCAUCCGCGGCGCAUUAGCUGCUCUGGGUAUCAACGCCACCGUUCAAGCCGAAGUCAAUGAGCUACCGGGAGCCAUAUUUCAGAUCAAGACCAUCCCCGCCAAGCCAUAGUAACCAAAACCGCUACAACGACAACUUUGCGUACUGAGAACUAAGAGAAAGAUGAGAACCAUAAAGGAGUGGACAAAUGAGCCAUGUGCGAAUAGACGACGCAAUCCGCCUUUUUGUUUUUUUCUUUUUUUCGUUCUUUCUUCUUUCCCAGACAAAAGCAACUCCAUUACUCAGCUUCAUGCAACUAGCAGAGAACUAAUAUUCAAUGGGGACGAGAGGCUAUUCGACAGAAAAGGCUUCGCAUGGGGAGGGGUAGAGACUCUGGGACAUUUUACAGCCUAUGAAAGAAAAGCAAAUCAUCAGCCACCCUGCUUAUGCGCGCGUAUAUAUAUUAUACCUAGUAG